AUGACUGAUGCAUGGACAAAUAAGAAGGGCAGGGGAGUUAUGAAUUUAGUUGUGCACAGUGCUCAUGGUGUUUGCUUCAUUGAUUCGGUGGACUGCUCCGGUGACAGAAAAGAUGGCAAAUACAUAUUUGACUUGGUGGACAAAUGCAUAGAAGAAAUAGGUGAAGAAAAUGUUGUGCAAGUGGUGACAGAUAAUGCUAGUGUGAAUGUAUCAGCAGUUAGUAUGCUAACAGCAAAGAGACCAUCCAUAUUUUGGAAUGGAUGUGCUGCUCACUGCCUAGAUCUCAUGCUAGAGGAUCUUGGGAAGCUUGGACCAGUUGCAAAAACUAUUUCAAGUGCAAGAGAAGUGACUAGCUUCUUGUAUGCUCACACAAGGGUAUUGGAUUUGAUGAGGAAAUUUCUUGGGAAGGACUUGGUUCGCUCUGGUGUUACUCGGUUUGCCACUGCUUACUUAAAUCUGAAAAGUUUGCUAGACAACAAGAAGGAGUUGACAAGGCUCUUCGGAUCAGAUGAGAUGAAUGAACUAGGUUCAUACUUGACAAAGGCAAAGGGGAAAAAAGCACUCAAAGUGGUGCGAUCUGAAGUUUUUUGGAAACAUGUUGACAUGGCUGUUAAUUUCUUCGAGCCAAUGGCUAAUGUGCUUCGCAGAAUGGACAGUGAUGUUCCUGCAAUGGGAUUCUUCCAUGGAUUAAUGCUUGAUGCAAAGAAACAUAUUGCUGUGAGGUUUGAUAAUGAUGAGAGCAAGUACAAAGUUGCUUGGGACAUCAUUGAUAAAAGGUGGGACAGCAAGCUCAAGACUCCUCUCCACUUGGCUGGCUACUAUUUGAAUCCUCACUAUUAUUACCCAAACAAGUCAGAGAUUGAGCAUGAUGGAUCAUUUAGAGCUGCUGUUAUUACAUGCAUUUGCAAGAUGAUUGAGGACGAAGAAACCCAAGACACUCUAAUUGAAGAACUCAACAUGUAUCAAGACCAGCAAGGAUCUUUCGGCCAUGAGAUUGCUAUAAGGCAAAGGAGAAACAAGAAUUUUAAUCCAGCUUGUGAGAGGAACUGGUCAGCUUUCGAAGAGGUUCAUACAAAGAAGCGCAAUAGGCUGCUGCAUGAUAGGAUGAGGGAUCUUGUGUUUGUGAAAUUCAACUCUAAACUAAGGAACAAGAGAGAGAACAAAAACAGAGAUCCCAUAGAGAAAGAAGUAGAUGAUGUUCUUGCUGAUUAUGAAAAUGAGUUCAUCAUUGGGAAAGAACCACCUGCAGAAGCUGAUGAAGAACAAGAGAAAGCUCAUGAAGAUGCAUCGGAAGAGGCACCAAACAGGGCAUCAUCAUCACAGGGACAAGCCAAAAGGAAGAGGAGUUCUCGGCCUAGGAAGAAAAUCAAGACCGUGAGCCUGCAGUCCUUGAUGGCUAUGCGUGUUGAAACAAUGCCGCAAGCUGCUUCUUCUUCUGAAUCGGAGUCUGAUAAGUCUCCUUCAGAUUCUGGAGAAGAAUAG